AUGGCAUGCAGUGUGGUUGUCAUUCUCUACGUGGCCUUCCAGUUCGUCGCGUUCCUCUUGGUGCUGGUGGGAACGCCGCUGGACAUGUUUCGCGCAGCGGCUCCGGAUAUUUUGGGACCAAAGUUGGUGUGCGUCUCACUAUGGGGUAUGAAGGUGGACUGCUACAAUACGACAUAUAUUGUGACGACGGAUGUAUUGUGGGCGGACUGCUUAGGCCGGCUGAAGCUCUUCCAGGCUGCACAGGCCUUUGUCAUCAUCUCCGUCCUUAUCUACUUCUCCGCGUUCAUCUUUGGCAUGUUUCUGCUCUUCUGCUCUUCCACCUUUCGUUGGGUCUGCCUGGGACUCAAUGUAGCUGGCAUCUUCACCCUGUGCGUUGUGUGGGCGGCCAUGGUGGUGACGUACUACAAGGAUGAUGAGUCAGACUGCAAGAAGGCCAAGGACGAGUUCACCUUCGGGAUCGGUUUUGAUCUCCUGAUCACAGCUUGGUGCCUGAAUAUCAUUAAUGCGAUAUUGAUGCUCUUUUACUCGAUAUCUUCCUCUCGCGUCAAUGAAAACAACACGCCGCUAACAAGCAGCAAAUAA